CCUCGCCGGAAUAUCAUACGAAAACCCUCGCGGCGGAGAGCGCUCUCCCACACACGCGCGUCGCAGGUCCCCCGCAGGCCGCAGCCGCCUCCACGACUUUCGCUCGUGUACCACUCCCUCGAGCGCGUCGCGGAGCAAGGGGCAGCAAAAUGGCGGCGGAGAUCGGGGGUUUCGCGGCGACGAGAAUGGCGGCGCCGGCGCUCAGGCCGGCUGCGCCCCCCGCCCCGACGGCGGCUCCGGCGCCACCGCAGCCCAGGAGGGCCGUGGCGGCGCGGUCGCUGCGGACGGUCGCCGCCGAGACGCUGACGGCGGAUCUCGCCGGCGGGACCAACGGCGCGCUGCAUGCUCAGAUGAAUAGCGAGGCUACUACUGAAAUCACUUCACUGGCGGUUACUGCGAAUUCUAGGAGGAAGACAAAGAUAGUCUGCACUAUAGGCCCCUCAACCAACACUCGUGAGAUGAUCUGGAAGCUUGCAGAGACUGGAAUGAAUGUUGCACGCCUUAAUAUGUCCCAUGGUGACCAUCAGUCACACCAGAGGGUUAUUGAUUUGGUCAAGGAGUACAAUGCACAGAAUACAGAUGGCAAUGUUAUCGCCAUCAUGCUGGACACCAAGGGUCCUGAAGUUAGAAGUGGGGAUGUUCCAGAGCCAAUCAUGCUCAAUGAAGGUCAAGAGUUCAACUUCACGAUUAAAAGAGGGGUGAGCACCGUAGACACCGUGAGCGUGAAUUAUGAUGACUUCAUAAAUGAUGUUGAAGUUGGCGACAUACUGUUGGUGGAUGGAGGAAUGAUGUCGCUUGCUGUGAAGGCUAAAUCAGCUGAUACAGUCAAGUGUGAAGUAGUUGAUGGUGGAGAACUGAAAUCAAGGCGCCAUCUAAAUGUCCGUGGAAAGAGUGCCACUUUGCCAUCUAUCACAGAAAAGGAUUGGGAAGACAUAAAAUUUGGUGUCGAAAAUGGUGUUGAUUUCUAUGCGGUUUCCUUUGUGAAAGAUGCCAAAGUUAUUCAUGAACUAAAGGACUACCUUAAAGGUGCUAAUGCGGAUAUACAUGUCAUUCCAAAAAUUGAAAGUGCAGAUUCAAUACCAAAUCUGCAGUCCAUUAUUGCUGCUUCAGACGGGGCAAUGGUGGCUCGUGGAGACCUUGGUGCUGAACUUCCAAUUGAGGAUGUUCCUUUGCUGCAGGCAGAGAUUGUCCAGACAUGUCGAAGCAUGGAGAAACCAGUCAUUGUCGCUACAAAUAUGUUGGAAAGCAUGAUCAACCAUCCUACUCCAACUAGGGCAGAAGUUUCUGACAUAGCUAUCGCAGUCAGGGAAGGAGCUGACGCCAUCAUGUUAUCUGGCGAAACUGCACAUGGAAAGUACCCACUAAAGGCAGUCAAGGUGAUGCACACUGUGGCACUUAGAACAGAAUCCAGCCUUUAUAACUCAACUACCUCCCCUGGUCUUGUUGCACCUGCACAGGCUCUAUACAGUGAGGAGUUUUCCCCAAGCCAGCUUAGUAAAAUGUUUGGAUCUCAUUCAACCAUGAUGGCAAACACCCUUCAUACACCGAUCAUUGUAUUUACACAGACAGGCUCCAUGGCUGUCCUUCUGAGCCACUAUCGGCCCUCAUCUACGAUAUUUGCAUUUACGAAUGAGGAACGGGUGAAGCAACGGCUGGCACUCUAUCAGGGGGUCAUCCCUAUUCACAUGCAGUUCUCUGACGAUGCAGAAGAAACUUUCUCCAGAGCAAUUAGCAGCUUGCUGAAAGCGCAACAUGUGAAGAAGGGGGACUACGUCACCCUUGUCCAGAGCGGAGUGACUUCAAUCUGGAGAGAUGAAUCCACUCACCACAUCCAAGUGAGGAAAGUUCAGGGCUGAAGUGCCGGUCGGGAUUGGUCCUCGGAGAAAUUUUGAUAGCGCCGCCCAGAAGUGUUAUCAUCGUAGUACAAGUAAUAUUUAAUAUUUUACGAGGAAAUUGCUACGACAAGUUACCUUUUGUGUUGAAGUCACAUGCAGACUCUGAAUCUUUUAACUCUGUAUUCGUUAAUUAUCACAUCUUUUUUCGCCUUCACUAUUCUUCCUUCCUUGUGGACCUUGAUUUUAGUUUCUUGUUCAAAAGGAGCUAACGGGGUGGUAAUGGUAAAUUUGUAAAACGGAGCCUCUUUUACUCCGAGAA